GUCUGACUAAACUGAAAAAAUGGCAAAGGUUGUCUUCUUGUUGGCAUCUCUACUGGUUUUGGGGAAUGUCCUCUUUAUCCAUGCCUCGUUUGACCCCAACCUCAUCAUAGAUAUGGCAAAAAUUGUCAUGGAUAAUUACUGCUCACCAGAGAAGCUUAAGGGGAUGCAGGAGGCAAUUGAAGCAGCCAGCAGCAAUACAGAAGUUCUCAAUAUCCCGGACGCAGAAACGUUGGCAAACGUCCUCAGUGCUGGAGUCCAGACUACAGUCAGUGACCCACGCUUGAUGGUUACCUACGAGCCUAACUACGUCCCUGUGGUUCCCCCAAAGAUGCCUCCGUUGCCCCCCGAGCAACUCGUUGCUGUCCUCCAGACCUCGAUCAAGCUUGACAUCCUGGAGGGCAACAUUGGCUACCUAAGGAUCGAUCACAUCCUUGGGGAGGAGGUUGCUGACAAGGUUGGCCCUUUGCUCCUAGACCUGGUCUGGAACAAAAUCUUGCCAACCUCAGCUCUCAUCUUUGACUUGCGCUACACCGGAAGUGGGGACAUCACAGGAAUCUCUUACAUUGUGUCUUACUUCACUCAAGCCGAGCCUCCCAUUCACAUUGAUAGCAUAUACGACCGUCCCUCAGACACCACCACAGAGAUGUUUUCUAUGCCCGCACUGCUGGGGGAGAGAUAUGGCACUACCAAACCCCUCAUUAUCCUCACCAGCAAAAACACCAAAGGCAUUGCUGAGGAUGUUGCCUACUGCCUCCAGAACCUGAAGAGGGCCACAAUUGUGGGCGAGAAGACCGCCGGAGGCUCUGUCAAACUCGAUAAAAUCAAGGUAGGCAACACUGACUUCUACGUUACUGUGCCAACUGCAAAGUCCAUAAACCCUAUCACUGGCACCACCUGGGAGGUUACAGGUGUGACCCCUGAUGUGGAGGUCAAUGCAGAGGAUGCCCUUGCUACCGCCAUUAAAAUUGUCACCCUCCGCACCCAAGUCCCAGCCAUCAUUGAGGGAUCAGCAACCCUGAUUGCUGACAACUAUGCCUUUGAAGAUAUUGGGGCUGCUGUUGCAGAGAAGUUGAAGGGGCUCCUGGCAAAUGGCGAUUACAACAUGGUUGUCUCCAAGGAAAGUCUGGAAGUGAAGCUCUCCACUGACCUGAAGACCCUGUCAGGGGACAAGAGCCUGAAGACGACCAGCAACACCCCAGCCCUGCCACCCAUGAAUUAUUCUCCAGAGAUGUACAUUGAGCUGAUCAAAGUCUCCUUCCACACUGAUAUAUUUGAGAACAACAUUGGCUACUUGCGCUUUGAUAUGUUCGGAGACUUCGAGGAGGUCAAGGCCAUCGCCCAGAUUAUUGUUGAGCAUGUCUGGAACAAAGUUGUCAACACUGACGCCAUGAUCGUUGAUCUCAGGAACAACAUUGGUGGUCCAACAACAGCCAUCGCAGGCUUCUGCUCUUACUUCUUUGAUGCCGACAAGGAGGUUUUGCUGGACAAGCUGUAUGACAGACCAUCUGGCACCACCACAGAGCUACGGACUCUGCCGGAACUCACUGGCACAAGGUAUGGCUCCAAGAAGAGCCUGAUCAUCCUGACCAGCGGAGCAACUGCCGGCGCUGCAGAGGAGUUCGUUUACAUCAUGAAGAAGCUCGGCCGUGCUAUGAUUGUUGGAGAGGCCACAGCCGGGGCUUCCCACCCACCCCAGACCUUCAGAGUUGGUGAGACUGAUGUCUUCCUCAGCAUCCCCACUGUUCACUCCGACACCGCCGCCGGGGCAGCCUGGGAGCGAGCUGGCAUCGCACCUCACAUUCCCGUCUCAGCUGACGCCGCCCUCGAGAUCGCCAAGGGCAUCUUCAACAAACACUUCGCUGGCCAGAAGUAAACUACAUCCUGAACAAAGCCAGGGGAGGU